GGCCCUCGUAUGUGAACAAACCAAAAAUUUCAAAAUUUUUUCGGAAUAAUUAUUAUUAUGACGUGGUAUGAGAAUUAGUAUACUCUGAAUCAGCUAAAAUUUUAACGACGAGGCUGUGAUUGUAGUUGAUUUUUUUCUGCAGAGGUUAGGUCUUUGCAGGACCGUAGUCAGAAUUAUAAUUGACUAAUUUUAAAUUAUUUAUGUAUUUGCGAAAUAGGUAUCCAAUUUUAUAAACUAAGUGUAAGCAAUAAUGCAUUGUGUGAUAUAACAAUAGAUUUGUUGUAUAUUGUGUGUCAGAAGAUCGAUGAAGUGAACACAGGAUAAGGUACAAUCAGAUCAGUUAUUAAUAAUGCAAAACACAAAAAAAAUGUUUAAAUUAUAGUCAGGGCGAGUCUUUAACUUUGAAUAAAUUCAGUAAAUCAAAAAGUGCUUUUUGUAAAUAUGUUUCCACACGUCGAUUAGGACAUGAAAUUGUCUUCUUUUUAAUGUAAAUUCUACAUAACCAUUUAACAUAAAAGUUGAUUCAUCAGAAAACAAGAUGGUAGAUAGAUAAAUGGACAACUUCAUUUAGUGUUUUCCACAGCCAGUCAUUAUAUAUCUAGUAGAUAGGUAAAUGAAGAACUUCAUUUAGUGUUUUCCAUAGCCAUUAAUCAUUAAAAUUUCAAUCUAGAGAAUAAAUAAAAUUUUCAAAUUUUGCACAUCUGUCAUCUUUAAAAAAAUAGGGAAGGGAUUUUCUGGAAUUAUUGCACAUUAGAUACUGUUUAAAUUUCCCAAAUUGACCAAGCGUAAGCGUUUUUGAUAAAUGGAACCUAUGCUCCCCCAGAAAGUACUUAUAAGAACACCCAUAAAUUGGACCCUUCUUAUAGCAAAAAUAUUCCAAUAAAAUAAAACACUUAGCCACAUCAAAUACGGUUAGGCAAAGAGUCAGAUUCAAUUAAGUUUAGGUGCGGUAAAUGAAAAGCUUUGACGUAAUAAAUAUUAAAAAUAACUUUAAACCUAAUCAAAUUUCAAAUUGGAAACGUCAUUUAAAAAAAAUUAGCUGGACAGAGUAUACAUUUAUAUGAUAAAGGCUAACAGAUUAUUUUUUCGAUUAUUUUAUUCGUUUGACUAGAAGUUGGGUUUGGCAGUUUCCAAAUUUAUGAACAGCAAUGAAACAUUUUGGAGAUAUCAUUAGAAGAAAUUGUUUUAUUGUUUUUUUUUUUAAGGAGAGACAGGAACUAAUUCGCAAUGCAAUAAAUCCACUCCGUGGGUGUCUUAGAAACGUAUACUUAGCAAGGUCGCACGAUUUGAAAAUCUCUCUGCAAAUGUGUUCUUUGCGAUUGCUUGUCUGAUCGUUUUCAAGAUAAUUACGGUAUUCCAGAAAAACUGCUUAUAACAACGACAGAGAGGUUCUGACAUAAGGCAACAAUUAAAAACAAAGAAAGAAAUAUUUAACUGCAAAUAUGCACUAUGAAAAAUAUAACUACAAAGAAUAAUAGAUAGUGGGCGUAGAUGGAUGUGGUUACAGUAGCACAUUAAAUGAAUUAUUGCUGACUAACCAAAACAUUUUUAUAACUUUUGGAAUUGGUUCAGUUCUUUUAACUGCAAAUACGUAUCUUUUAUUUGUAAACGUAUUUUAGAAAAUAGUUUUAGUAUCUUUUAAAAUCGGGGGCAGGUAAUUUAAACGUUCGGGCCAAAAAAAAAAUUGUGAACCCAACAAGAGAUGUGAGACAUGUGAAUUUCAGAGAAACGUGAAUGUAAACGUAAUUUUGGACAGACAAGUCGAAAGUUCAGUCGAAUUACUUUUUUAGGAAAGUAUUAAAUGGACUUUCAACGUUUUAUGCAAUUGCAUCUUGGAUUAUAUAAUUUGAAGAUUAAAAUACAAAUGAUUUACAAUUACCAGAGAGAGAUAAGUAGGGGUUGCUGGAAAAUUAUCUUCAAAUCAUCAACAACUUCAUGAAUGUAAAAUAUAAAAAGGUGCCAAUAUCUUAGACAUGUACUUAUCAACGUCAGAGUCGGAGAAAUUCAAACGAGGAAAACGUUAUAAAUAUUUUAAUGAAAAUAUUAAAGCGGCACUAUUUGCACGCUCAAUUUAAAAUGAUAAACAGGCGCGUUAAUGAAUUCAUUAACUUUGAAAUCAUACGCUCGCCCUAUUCGGAGUAAUAAACAGGUAUUGCCUACCUUUUAAUGGGGCGGCAGCGUAUGAAUAAAUGCGGAUUAUGUUGAGUUGAUUCCCGAGGAUGUAUAAGUUUGUUUUAUUGCAAGAAAAGUGCACAUAAUUCCAUGCAUAUCUCGGAAUUGAUUAUAUUUAAUACCUGCAGGCUUCGAUGCUCACACUUCAAACCACAUCUUUUGCUUUCUUUUGAGUUAAUGAUCCCGGUAAUGCUUUUGGGCUGAAUCGUUAAUUGAUAAAAAAGCAAAAGUGCGAAAGCAUAGGUCGCACUUCGUUUGUUCUGAGAAAUGAAUCAAUUAGUUAUUAGCGCGCAGAGAGCUAGUGCGCAAUGCCAGCAAAUGAUCUAUUGUGCCACCGCGGAUCUACAUAUUUGACUAAAGAGAAAGAAAAAAUUAGGUCAAGCGAGACAAAGACUGCAUUAAAGCGACGAUACCUUUUUGUUUUAUCCUAGAAAUCAAACCGAAGUUAUUUAUUAUGUACUUUUUUCGUGCCAUACAUGUUUUGAUUUCUCAUUUAUUUGUGGAUGUAGGUCACUCAACUCUUACUGACUAAAUUAUCCUGGUGUAGACGAUACGGCAUUUCUAUAUGGCCGUCGGUUUUGUUCUUCUGGGUAUUUUUAUGUGGUACAUCACUCAAGUACCAAGACACCAUGAACAACCCCUUCAACUCUAUAAAAAACUGGUUCAAAUUUCUAAUUUUGAUAUAUCCAUAAAUAGAUUUGUGAAUACCGAUAAUUUAACAGUCAGUAAAUCUCAAAGUUAAAGAAAUAUUUUUUAAAAUUUUAUCAAUAGUCUAAGAGUUUAAGAUGAAUUGGUCGAUGCAACCCAUUUAGAAACUCCGUUUUCUUUCCCAAAUAGCCACACAUUAAACUCAAAAAAAUAACAAAAAAUCGCUUUUAGUUAAAAUUUUGGUUUCAACCAAUAAGAAACUUGGCGCUUAAGCUACCAAGAUGGCCGCUGACAGUUAUUUAAUUUUACAGUUUUGAAUUUGGGCGCGGCAUUUUUAAUCAGUAUUUUGUCAAAAUAUGGCCCACAGCCUAUUAAAUCUUAAGGGAAAAAGUUAAAUGUGUUGAGAUCCCUGUUUAGAAAGAAAAUGCUACCAUUCUACGGGAUUUACCGCACUGUUUUAUCUAAUAUAUGAUUUAGACAAGUAGAUGAUAUGUGAUAUGAGUUGUAUGCCCUUGUUGAUUUGUGUAUUUUUAUUUUACUUUAUUUUAUUUAUGGAUUUUAAUGGGCCAUGAUAAUGGAAAGGCCCGAUUCAGAAAUGUUUUAUUAGGUAAAAGAAUUUAUAAAAGAAAAUUGUGGAAAGGUGGCAAAUACCUACAUACAAUAAAAGCUUUUUGAUAGUAGAGGCCUAACUUGAUUCAAUUGCAGUUUCUGCGCUUUUUUCAAAUAAAAAACACCCAGAAUAUUUUAAAUAUUUAAACGACACGCCGAGUCGUUAUGAAACUUCUAAUUAUAGAAUUUAUCACCUAAUAUAAUCUUUAAAAGUUAGUAUAGACUUUAUGGCUAAGUACAUACAAUUUCUAUUCGCAUUUGUUUAUUUUUGUUGCCGGUCGUACCUUUACUGAGCCUCAAAAUAAACGUUUAAAAAAAUGGUGUCGUAAUUCGCCGACAGCGGCGUAUAAAAAUAAUAAUUAUUAAAAGUGGCGAUCCUUGUCUGGGCCGCGCGCGACAUCGUCAUAAUAAUAUGCAAGUUUAUACGACAUGGCUGAUUCUAGCGGCAAACGAACUCAAAAUCUUAAGGUGCAAAGAAGGUUAAGCAAACACACAAGAUAAAACAAUGUCGAAAUUGGAUACGGGUACUGCUUUAAUUCGAAUUGCCGCGCGUAAUCUCUACUUAAACACAUAACAAUGAGGUUGACUAUCCACCGUCAUUUGUUGAUAUUCGGCAAAAAUUUUAAAUAAAAUCCGUAGCCAUUUUUGUUCGCGAUUCGCGUCAGUACGACAUCUGUGUGUUUAAGCGAGUGAUUAAUCAGCGUCGCCUUGAAAUGGGAAAGAAGAAAGUUUCUCUGAGCUCCGAACAACUGUGGAAAAUUAGAGAGGAAGCCGCACAAAGAUACACAGACACGAGCUGGCGCAUUUUCCGCCACCAAACAGAUGACACGCCUCUACCUCAAGUAGACACAACACAAAUAAAUCGGCAAAAUGGCGACCACAAAGGUAGCACGCAAGGGCUGUACGAUUCCCUAACUCCCAUAAAAGAAAUAGCGGAAAACGAAUGCGAAAAUGGCUACAAAGACGGCCAAACUCAAAACACUAAACAAGUUGUCCAAAUUGAAAGGAUCGAAACCACCUACGAACCUAUCCCCAUAGAUCUGCACUCCGAUACCAAGACGCAGGAAAAUGAAGAAACUGCAAAAAUGUUGAGAUCCAACACGUAUAACGGGCGAGAUGUUCACCGGAAUCAAUUGACACUGGGAAGAUCUGGCUCGGCGACGACAGCAAGCAUGGAUUUGAGCUACGUGACCGAAAGGAUUAUUUCGAUGUGGUUUCCACCCUCCGUCUCUCCGCACUCAUUUAGACAGAGUCAAAGGCAAGCGGCCCACAUGCUCAUGAACAAACAUGGGUAUAAUUAUAUGGUGUUUAACCUAUCGGAACCAAAAAAAUCUUUGAGAAACGAACACAAAAACGUGACGGAAGCGAGCUGGACCCCUAACUUGGCACCCCCUUUAGAGAGGCUCUGUAGCAUAUGCAAAGAAAUUGAUUCGUGGCUCUCCAAGGAUCAGCACCGAAUAGCGGUAUUACACGCAAGGGGUUCUAAAGAAAAGCUGGGUGUGAUUGUCGCAGCCUACAUGCAUUAUUCUAGCAUAUGCGGCACGGCUGAACAAGCGUUGGAUAGAUUCUCUAUGAGGAAAUUCUUGGAUGAUAAUAUUGGUCCUUUGCAACUGCCAUCUAACCGAAGAUACGUCGAUUAUUUUGCCGGUCUUUUGUCGCACAACAUUAAAAUCAACGCCGCUCCUCUUUAUUUGACCCACGUGACGGUUUUGGGUGCCCCAGUUUUCCAAAACGGUGGAUGCAAGGCCUUUCUCAAGCUUUACGAAGGACAGACUCCAGUUUAUACCUCAGGUGUUUAUUACGUGUCAAAUGGCGUGUCUCACUUUACCGUGAACAUAGCUGGCGAACGAAAGAGUGGCCUUCAACUUCGCGGAGACAUUUUAAUCAAAUGCUAUCACCGAGACCUGGGCACCGGCAGAGAAACGAUUUUUGCCUGCCAAUUUCACACGUGCGCGGUCUCCGAUCACACCCUCAGCUUUACGAAACAGGAGCUGGAUUAUGCCUGCAAUGAUCCCCGAUUUCCCGUUGACGGAGCAGUCGAGCUCCAUUUUUCUCCCGGUUGUGACGCGAGACACCCAGUGCCGGCCCCAACACCCGCAGUCCCAUUUACCCUGUCGAAUGACCCCAUAGUCAGAGCCGACACACCUUUCACCUUGGAUGAAUUCGACGAAGAAGAUUCCGAUUCAGACGAAGCAAAUCACACAUUUGGGCCUUUAGACGGUAGCAUCUACGCGACCAUCACCAAGAAGCCCGAGCUCUCUCCUGGGGCUGUUUCUAGUCCAUUGGCGGUGUCGAUGGACAGUGGCAUCUCCUCAGCAGGGCACCAGCAUCAGAACGCCAAUACGAACGCCUCCGGUAGUCCCCCGCCGUCGACCGCCCAAUCGUCCCCCCUCACGCCCGAAGACCAGCACCGCGAACUCGACGAACUGCUAUCCGAUAUGAUGCUGACGGUCCAGAGCAUUCCCGAUUUGAAACCGACAGAAUCGCGUCACGGUUACGAUAGAGAUAAUGCGCGUUACGAGCAUCGGGACAACUACAAGGAACGGUACGAAGACCCAGAUAGUAUACCAUACCACGCGAGGGAAGAUAGUACGCCAUUCAGUUACGGAAUAAACGCCGACAUGAUCGGGGAGUCCAGGAAGUUGUCAAGUCCGAGCCUCGUACGGAAGGCUAGCGUCAAUAAAAGUUCCGGUGACGUACUUGCUAAGGUUCAGACACAAGUGUAUGCAUCACCUAAACCAGUGCCAAAUUUCGAAAAUGAUCCGGACCCAAUCAAGAAUGCGCAUUACUCCUCAUUAGACCGACGAACAUAUUCGCCAGCUCUCCUGCGCAAAAGCUCGCCUCGCGAUACCGACUCCAUCGACGAUAUCUUCACCCAAAGUGCUCUAAACGCUCGGCCCAUCAAACGUGAGGAACGCUAUGAGUACUACAAAGAUGAGCGAAAAAGAUACAACGAUCCGCUAAAAAGGAGCCAUACUGAUGAUGCAUUGAGCAACCCGGACCGACUUAUCUACAAGUCGAACUUCAUCGAGAGUCCGUAUUCAGAUUCGGAGAGUCGUCAGUUCAGGAACCACCUAGCUUCAACGGAGGCGGCGGGGGAAAGCACUACGCGAAAUGGAAACCUCACAUGGUUGCAGCGGCAGCAACAAAAGCUGAAAGAUCGAAGGGAAAUGCAGCUGCGCGAAGAACGCCACCCACACGAAAUACGGUUGCUCUCCGAACUGAAAACCGUUCAGUCGCGUCAUAUGAGGCCUACGGCUAGCCACAGAUUGGAUGGCUAUACUAGCGACACCACAGCUUUUCCCGACGAUGACGAUGACUACACGAUCCCCUUGCAUAUCAACACCAUGCAGAAAAAUUACGAGGUGCUGCCAAAUUCUACCACUAGCACAUUGAAAUCGUCGUACGCUUCACAACAGGAGAGGCCUUUUAUGAUGGUCAAGUCAGCGCAUGCGAAAUAUUCGCAGAACACCGACCCAGUAACUGCUCUAACCUCUAACCCCCAUGGACAAAUAAUAAGGGUACCAUCGGACGUUGGAACUGAUAGAGACCAGGUAGAUAACCGAUUACUUUCCGUAGUAGAACACCGUCACUAUUCGACAACCGGACAAGAUCCCGGAAUGUCGCGUAGCGCCCAGCAAAGCAGCAGGGUGGGUAUUAAACGCGACAUGCUGGAUGAGAACUCUCGGCUAGCCGCUCUUGACGAUCUAAUCGCUAACCUGUCUAGUGGCUCUGAGCACUCUAGUAACAGUCCUAAUAACACAGCAUGGCAGCAGUAUCGAGAAGAGUCGAUCCAAACUUGGAGGACGUCGAACGACAAUGAAACAUCGCCGUCGCAUAGUUCGUCACCCCGUCCCCAAACGCCAGCUUUUCCCGUGCACGCCCGAACGCCGUACCUCAACGCUCCGACACCGACCGUCCAAUUUGAUUUGGGCAAUGAGCGAUUGCCACCUAAAAGUCCUACAACCCAGCGAAAGGACCGACCCUUGACCCCCAACGAUCAAUUUUACGGCAUUUCCGAUAGCGAAUAUUCGCAAAGUACAUUAAGAAGCGCAUCUGCUUCGGGUUUUAGAGAGUACAACGGGUCCGCGUCACCCACGUCUUACUACGGUCACUCACGACACGGCUCGAUAUCGUCCAGUAGCGAGCAGCAGUCACCGCAGGAAGUAUCAGCCGCUCACGUUAAAAUAGUUCGGGACACCAGCAAAUUCUGGUACAAACCUACUAUAACACGGGAAGAAGCCAUAAACAUGCUGCGGGAUCAGUUGCCCGGCACUUUUGUCGUUAGGGACUCGAAUUCAUUUCCUGGUGCCUUUGGACUCGCAUUGAGGGUGGCUACAGUGCCGUCGAAUAUACAGACGAAAGUAAAGGGUUCAUCCGACGAAUUAAUUCGACAUUUUCUGAUUGAGCCAACGUCGAAGGGAGUGCGAUUAAAAGGGUGCCCCAAUGAACCCAUUUUCAGCUCACUUUCGGCUCUGAUUUAUCAACAUUCGAUAACGCAAAUAGCUCUGCCUUGUCGGCUCGUUUUACCUGAGCGCGAUUUAAAAUACGACGCCCAAGGUCAGCAGGCAGCUCAGCUUCAGCAGUUGCAAGUACAAGGAGCGGCGUGCAAUGUUAUUUACUUAUGCACUAUUGAAAUGGAGUCGUUAACUGGUCCGCAAGCCAUGAAAAAAGCGGUGAUGCAGCUGUUUCAGAUGUCGCCCCUACCCGACACAGCCAUAGUUCACUUCAAGGUUAACGGGCAAGGGAUUACGUUGACCGAUAACAAAAGGAAGCUAUUUUUCCGAAAACACUAUCCAAUUAACACAAUAUCGCACUGCGGUUUAGAUCCAGAAGAACACCGUUGGUUAGUUAAUGCGGAGGAAACGGGUUCAGCGAAAAGUUCCAACCGAAUCUUUGGUUACGUGGCGAGAAAGCCCAACGUGACUAACCCCGACAACCAGUGUCAUUUAUUUGCUGAACUAGACCCCGAUCAGCCUGCCACAGCCAUUGUCAAUUUCGUAAACAAGGUCCUAAGUUCGAACGGCAUCAAACCAAAUAUUGUAUAAUUACACAAAAAGUGUGAGUUAAAAUCUUGAAGUUUGAAAAGUUUUAUUUCAUUUUGAACAGGUUCGUGUAGUGCCUUCUUACAUUCGAAAAUGCGUUAGUUUUCGAUGUUUUCGAAAACGAAUCCAUUAUUUUUUUAUAAAUUUUAUCGUCGGCACUUUGAUUUCUGAGAACGUGUUGCCAAAUUUUUUAACAUUGGAGCACAAGGAGAAGUCUAAUUUGUACAUAGCUACACUACCGAUUGCAUUAGCCCACUGAACCUUCUAAAAUCAUGUAAUAUUUUCCUAGUCUUAUGUUUUACGCAUUAACUUUGAGUAUUACUUAAAUUAUUUUUGUUCUUAUAUUAUAUACUUUUAAUGUUGUAUAUAUAUGUUAUGUAUUUAUUUUAAGCCAUACCUAAGAAGCUGCGCUUCGACCCUGUGAAUUGCUCGUAUUCAGAAUAUAAGUAAAUUCACGCGAAAAUUGUUUGGCGGAGGACGAAGGACUUUGUUAGUGUUUUUGUUAUGAGAAAUUAACAAAAAAUUACAACGGAAUGGAUGUAUCAUAACUAUUCUUGCUGCAUAAUUUUGUUGCUCUACCUGUCCAUCUUCAUUUGUUCUUGGUCGUUCAUGCCGAUGGGGAAAAAUGGGCCAACACGCAGGCAUGUUUUCUUUUUAUCAAAUCUUAUGAAUGGCAUGAUAUAAAUUUUUUUAUUUAAAUAAAUUGAUUUAAAUUUUAGCUCCAUGAAUUAACAAAGAAAAAUGUUGUGUCCAUCUGGGAAUAUGUUUUAUUACCCUUUUGAAACAUUUUUUAUUGAUAGUGAAUACUUUCAAAAAUAAUUAAUUACGAUUUUAACUAUACUUAAUUUUUAUAUCUUUAUGCGAUAGCCAUUCAGCGAUAUUCCAGACAUUCCUUUAGGAAACAAUAGACUUGGUAAAAUUUUCUAGCAGUGCUCGUACUAAUUUGGCUAUCCAAUAUGAGCUAAAUUUCUUUUGAACUUCUUAUUGUUUCUAUUCAUAAAAUGAGGCAAACUUUUAUAUCACUAAAUUCCGAUUAAAGCUUUAAAAGCAUAAACUUACCUUUGUAAUAAAUAAAAUAUCAAUUUACAUUCCAUUUGUUACUUCCUGUGUACAUUGUGCCAUAUGGAAUCAUACACAUUUUACCCUAUUGAGGAGGGUAGAAAAUAAAUAAUGAAGAUGACGAGGAAUGAAAGGUUUUGUUCAAAUAACAAAUUAUACUUUGCAUUAAGCGAUUUCUAUAAAACUGUAAGAUAAUUAGAAAAUGGAUCCAUCCUGAGAACAUUGUUACUAUGUACUCAAAUGGACACAUAAUACAAUAGAGGCUCAAUUUUAUACUUUCACAUAUAGAGUAAAGUUUGUCUGAUAUGUGCCCACAAUACGCCGUAUCAUCCCUAUUUCCCCUAAAGGUAAAGUCACCAAAAAGCAAGCUAACAGUGUUGAUAAACUCGUAACGUUGUGAUGUCAUUCUUAUUCAUUUUCACGUCGCACUAACAAUGUCUUAGCAGUGUAUCAAAAUAGUUCUGAGGUAUAUUUAAAGGACUACUGCAUUAACAUUAGUCACUGAGUCGUUAAAGUCUAAAGAAUCUCUAUAAAACUGUUGUUAGUUCAUAAACAAAUACUGUAAGAUUAUUCGCUAAUUUUUAUUUUCGCGAAAGUACAAAAAUUUAAAAUAUCCAAAUCUGUUCACUGAGCAUUAUUUCAAAACCAUAAUAUUGAAUUGAUAUAUUGUAUGUGAACUUAAACACUAACAACGAUGUUUCAAAAAAGUAAAGGUUA